GCACCGGUAGGCGCGGGCCGUCUGUUCCAGCCUAUGUUCUGCUACGGAGUCCGCGAGCUCUGGCCAGGCCUUUUCGCGGUGCACGUAGACAGAAUCAUCCUGGCCCUGAGAAGAAACUCAAGAAGAAGAAACUUAAAGAUUAGAUGGGGCUUGACCUCUGCUGGGCAUCCCCCAGCUAUAAGAGUUCCCCUCCUGAGCAGAGAAGAUGACCGCAGAACUGAGAGAGGCCAUGGCCUUAGCCCCCUGGGGCUCAGUGACCGUGAAAAAGGAGGAAGAGGAGGAAGAAAACUUCCUAGGUCAGGCAUCUAGCCAUGUACACUCUGAGAACAUCAAAGUCUGGGCUCCUGGGGAAAGUCCCCAGACAGACCUUGCUUUAUCAGAACAGGAGGAGAAGGAUCCAAACAUGUUCUGGAACAUGGCUGUAGUCCUGAAAGCAACACAGGAGGCAUCUGCGGCCUCAGCCCUUGGCACCUUCUCAUUAUCAGGGACUCUGGCCAAGAGUGAGAGACUGGAGACACAUGGGAACAUGACUUCUCUAGGUGCAGAAACCAAGAACCCACAGUUACUGGUUCCAAAAACUGAGAUAUGUGAUGAAGCAGAAAAACCCUUCAUAAUACCAGGAAGCAUCCAGAAAGUUAAUCCUCAAGGACCUGAGUUAGGAGAAGCCUGUGAAAAAGGGAACAUGUUAAAGAAGCAGAGGAUCAAGAGGGAAAAGAAAGAUUUCAGAGAAGUGACAGUGAAGGACUGUCACGUACCUGACAGCUUCAAAGUAGAGGGAGACCAGAAAUGUCUGGAAUCUGGGGAAAGGUAUAGCCUUAGUUCUAGCUCUGUUAAAAAUCAGAAAAGCCAGCCUGGACAGAAGCCUUUUACGUGUAGUGUGUGUGGAAAAGGCUUUAGUCAGAGUGCAAACCUUGUAGUGCAUCAGCGAAUCCACACAGGGGAGAAGCCCUUUGAAUGUCAUGAGUGUGGGAAGGCUUUCAUUCAGAGUGCAAACCUUGUGGUGCACCAGCGAAUCCACACUGGACAGAAACCGUAUGUUUGUUCAAAAUGUGGGAAAGCCUUCACUCAGAGUUCAAAUCUGACUGUACAUCAAAAAAUCCACUCCUUAGAAAAAACUUUUAAGUGCAGCGAAUGUGAGAAAGCCUUCAGUUACAGCUCACAACUUGCUCGGCACCAGAAAGUCCACAUUACAGAAAAAUGCUACGAAUGUAAUGAGUGUGGGAAAACGUUCACUCGGAGCUCCAACCUCAUUGUCCACCAGAGGAUCCACACUGGGGAGAAGCCCUUUGCCUGUAAUGAUUGUGGCAAAGCCUUCACCCAGAGUGCAAAUCUUAUUGUGCAUCAGCGAAGCCAUACUGGUGAGAAGCCAUAUGAGUGUAAAGAAUGUGGAAAAGCCUUUAGUUGUUUUUCGCACCUUAUUGUGCACCAGAGAAUUCACACUGCGGAGAAACCUUAUGAUUGCAGCGAGUGUGGGAAAGCCUUCAGUCAGCUCUCUUGCCUUAUCGUGCAUCAGAGGAUUCACAGUGGAGAUCUCCCUUAUGUGUGUAACGAGUGUGGGAAAGCCUUCACAUGUAGCUCCUACCUGCUUAUUCAUCAGAGAAUUCAUAACGGGGAGAAGCCUUACACGUGCAACGAGUGUGGCAAGGCCUUCCGGCAGAGGUCGAGUCUCACUGUGCACCAGAGAACCCACACUGGGGAGAAGCCCUACGAGUGUGCCAGGUGUGGCGCGGCUUUCAUUUCUAACUCGCACCUCAUGCGACACCACAGAACGCACCUUGUCGAGUGACAAGUGCUUGUUACUCCAGGUGCUGAUCAUAAUCCACUGCCCCCUCAGUGAAUACAUCUUUGCCAUUUUGUUCCUCUAAAAAUGAGGCGCGCCGUGUUAUAAGUAGCAGUUUUCAAGAAUGCAGCACAGAACACAAGACAAGCGUUUCAGAGGCUGACUUAAAGAAAGUGAAAGCUAAGCAUCUAAAGGCAAGGACUGUGUUGUAAACUCUGCCCUCAGUAGUCCUGUUUGAAAUGGAAUGUGGCUUUCUUAAAAAUGGGUCAUGCAAAGCUAAGUGAUAAAGAUCCUGUUUGAGGAAAGGUAUUUUUAGCUUAAUUUUGUUUUUUGAACCUGCUAGUUUCUGAGCAACAGGCAGGUUAUUGGUAUAAGUCUGCCUGGUGGAAUUCUGAGCUUUGAACCUUGUAUUCUAGUAUUUGGGUUAAGCAGUGAUUAAUUAAGGAAACCACUUGGGGUAGCAAUUCACCAACAACUUACCUAUGAACACGUACUAGUUUUCCAUUCCUUAGGUAAUUUAAACAUUAAAAUCAAACAAACAAAAAACACCCUAUUAACUGUCUACUGCUCCUAAAAUGGAUAGAAGUAGGAAAGAGCUGUUUCUCUUACUAUCUAUGACUCGUGAACCUUGGUAGAGUAAAGCCCUGGGGACCUCUGACGAGUCUCUUCUUGACCAUUCCCCAGUCUGCAUGGCCAAGCACUUGAGGAUUGAUGGAGACCACACACGGGGGCCACAGAUGCACUGGGCUGUAUUCAUUUGCUAAGAUCAACAACUCUAAGUGACCCUAACUUCCAUUGCACUCCUAUCGGAGUAAGAUGCCUGUAACACUCCCCUUCCCAGAUAGAGGAGUCAAAGAAUAAAGCUUGCCAAGAGGCAUGCCCAUGUUGUCUAUGCUCAUUCUGCUUAGGCUCAGCCAGGGGUCUCAAUUUGGGUGUUAUUCUCACUUUCUGGCUGGUCUUUAGAAGAACUAAUGGAGUCCUGAUUCUGAGAGGGAAGAGGCAGAAUGGGACUCCUUAGGUCUUAAUUUGUUUUUUUUUUUUUUGAGAAGUUCAAAGGUAUUGGAAUGUGCAAACUUAGAAGGAUGAAGAAACUGGCUAAGGUAAGAUAAUCUUUGUUACCGUUGAGCCUUUAUUCUUAGUAAAAUGAUUUAUAAAACUAUGCAAUAGGUAGUUAUGUAAUAUUGCCUUGUAUUGAUACAGAAAUGAAUUCUUUAAAUUUGAUUACGCACCUUCAUGUAUAAAAACAAGAUUCCUAGCACUUCUCUCAUGCUUUCACAUAGAUCCUUACCUUAAUCCUUAGAACACUGCAAGAAUUGUUUGGUCCAUCUAUCUGAGAGUGGUCAAGCAGCAAAUAGCAGCCUGCAUUCAAAUCCAGGAUUUCAAUCUGGGUUCUCUUUGUUCUGCCAUGCUGUGUGUCUGACCACCUGUAAUCCUCACGUGGAUCUGUGCAGAGCUUGAGAAAGGGGUAUAUGGUCUCAUUUUCAGGUGAGGAAGCUGAGGUGACAGAUUUUGGGAUGUGCCUUAGGCAGAGUAACCAGUAAGCAGCAAAUCUGAGAGCGAUUUGAGUUUCCUAAGUUCUGGAUCUGUCUCUUCACCCCAUUCAGCAAGGAAGCGCAUAUCAUAAAUGCCCCGCCUGUUGAUAAGCAAUCUGGUGUGACUCUCAAUAGAAGUCCCACCAUUGGGACUCUUAAUGGCUCAUUUGUAUUUUACAGAGCACUUCCCGUGUACAGAAGGCAUACAUAUAAACAGGAAAGCUUGUUUAUUUUCUCUUCCCCUUUCCCUUCAAUCAUGGUGUUUUAUCAAAGCAUGUGCACCUUUUCCCAGUUGCACUGUCAGUCAUACACAACUAUGAGAAAUCAGUAGAACUCAAAAAUGAGAAUCAAAAAUGCUCAUGUCCUCACUGACCCUGACAGUCUCUAUUCUUGUCCCCUAGCUAGCAGUGGAGAGACCCAAGGAUAAGACCAUGUGCAUAAUAGGAACAAGCUUAGGUCUCCCCCCACCACACACACAGGAUCAGGAAGCCCAGAAGAGAGGGAGAGCAGGUCUGAAGAUUUGGGAUAAAUCAGUGACCUGGACCUAUCAAGAGACCAAAAGUACUUUCCUGAAAAGUACCAGCUGGGACUUAUGACCAUUGCGGCAGUUAAAUUGUUUUAGCUUCACAUCAUGUGUUCAUCCUCAUAACUGAAUGCUCAUCAUGGAUGAUUGUGAUUUCCUGGCUUAAGGUUGCUAUUCAUAGGCAAUACAGAAAAGGCUACUCAGGUGAUUGUGAGGUGAAGGUGAAGUUUGAUUUGGGAAUCAGACCCAACCUCGCAGUGAAACAGUGUUUUUUCACUUGGCUGCAUGUUAAAAUCACCUAGUGUGCUUAAAAAUUUCCAGUCCCAUAGCCAAGUAUUUUAGUUCUGGAGGGGAACCCAAUGUGUUGCCAAGGUAAUGGCCACUGUAGUCAAAUAAAGUCUGUAGGCCACAAAUACAUGUGAUCAAAGAUGGAGUGGGGAAGCCGUAGAAUAAAGGUCUGGAUGUGUAGACACACUAUAGUGUUCUGUGUGGUUUCAGCAAAACAAGAUGCUAACAAUAUUGGCUGUACUGGGUGUUCUGUACCUUGGCUGUGAGGAUUCUCUGACUGACUCUAUUUGUAUUUAAGUGAUACACUAUUUAUUUAUAUGAGCAAACUUAAGUUUUAUACAUACUUUUAUAUUCCUCAUUCAACAAAAUGACUUUUUACAUUUCUACUGUAUUUCAUCUCAAGGUCUGGAUUUCUACAAAUCUGCACCCAGGUUCAGGACCUCUAGUCCUUCACAAAUCAUGUGAGCCUAGUGGACCAGAUCUUUAUCCAAAUAACAACUCUUGCUUCCAAUUCAACUCCAGCCCUCAAAAUAAAUUACAGCCCUCCUUUUUCUGUAUGGUUUCUGAUAAAUGAGAAGGGACUACUCCUUUUUGACAGAGUUGGUUUAGGUUUUCCUUUUCCCAGAGGUCAGCUCCUUCUUUUGUUGUUAACUCUUAAGCCCUGUUUCUUAAGUUGUCAAGAGCUAUCAAAGAGCCAGACCAGCUGAUGGGUAUUAAGAGCCAAGAAGUCUAGGGGCACCUGGGUGGCUCAGUCUGUUAAGCGUCUGACUUC